AUGUCAUUCACCUUCACCCGAACGACGAAAACGAGGACUCUUCUCACCAAACUUAACCCCAACUACCGUACACUUGCCGAGAACAAUUCUUUGACCAGGAAGUUCUCCAUCUUCAUCCAAAACCGAUCAACACCAAAAACCACCACAUAUUCCCAACAACAAUCACCUCCGCAGACGAUUAUUCUCAACCAACAAAAAUCUCGCACCAUGUCUUCUUCGUCUUCGGAGAUUAAGCCGCAAUUCUCAGAGGGUUCCGAGCCGGCUGUUCUCGGUCCGGCACUCGACAAGCUUUUGGCUACGAGCGGUGCUGGUGGUAGGUGGACGCUUACACAGGAGGGAGUAGCUAUUGAGAGGACUUUUAAAUUCAAGACUUUUGCCAAGACUUGGGACUUCAUGACCGCCGUCUCCCUCCAAUGCAAGCUCAAGAACCACCAUCCCGAAUGGUCCAAUGUCUUCAACACAACCUUCAUCCGCUGGACGACCCACGUCCCCAAGGGCCUCUCAUCCAAGGAUAUCGAACUAGCCACCAUCUGCGACUCGUUGGCCAAAGAUUUUGGCGAGACUGAGCCGGAAGCUGGCGCAAGUUGCGCCAUGCCCAACUUGACCGACCGGGCCGUGGCUUCUUCUGGGGAUUGCUGCACGCCUAAGCACCUGAAGAAGUAA